CGGCGGCGGGUACCCAUGGCCCUCCCGGCGGAGGCGGCCCGGCUGGCCGGGGGCUGGCAGGAGGUCUACGCGGCUCUGCAGUGGAUCCAGUUCACCAUGGCCAUGCUCAGUGUUAUAGGUUCCAGCUCAAUUAUUGCCUACGCCGUCUUUCAAAACGCAGUGCGGUCCCCCGAGGUUCGUCCUCUUUUCUACCUGAGCCUCUCCGACCUAUUGCUGGGCAUGUGCUCGCUCGCUGGGGCGCUUCUCUACAGCACACCAACCUCUGAGCAGGAUCUCAUCUGCUAUAACCUGCAAGCGACGGGACAAAUAUUCUACGUGGCCUCUUUUCUAUACACUGUCAACUACACCUGGCAUCUGUACAUGGACCUAAAGAUGAAAUACAAUCAGAACCUUCAGAGGAUGCCUCCCCAGGUUGUAGAUUACAUGAGUUGCAUUGGCCGAAUAGCAACGAUCUCAUCCAGCCUGAUCCCUUUCCUUCUCAUGGUGCCUGUGUUUUGCCUGGGCAACAGCAGUAAUUGCUACCAGAACUUCAGCCAGAAGCAUGGAUGUCUCUUGAUGCACACGGAAAUAGCCGUGCCCACCAACGAGCCGCAAACCCUGAGUGGUUCUGUUUGCAGUGCGAUGCAUUUCUAUGGCAUUGGGGUCUUCCUCAUUUCCUUUCUGAUCAGCUUCAUAGCCAUUCUGGUUAUACUCAGUCAAGCCCGAGGUUUGUACAAAAGGUUCGUAAACUCCACAGGAUUCCUGGGGGAUCAGCAGUGGGCCAUGAUUAAGAUGGUAGAACAACGAGUGGUUUUCUACCCCAUCGCAUUCUUCUGCUGCUGGGCCCCAGCUGUCCUCCUUGGAAUACUGAAGCUGACAGUGUCAACAACCAGUAAAAUCUACAUGGCUCUUCUUAUUCUACAGGCUCUGACGGCAGCUUCCCAGGGGCUUCUGAACUGCAUCGUGUACGGCUGGACACAGCACAUCUUCCUCUCCCUCAAACGCAACGCCUGCCGGGACGUUGACACUCAGACUCCUCUCUUGCGCUCCCAGAAGAAGUUCUACGCCAGCACGCUGCCCGCCAGCCCGCCGGACGCAGAGGGGUCCACGUCCACCCUGCUCUGAUGAAUCCCUGGGUCAAAGGAGAACAGGCAGCGUCCUAACGAGACCUCGUCGUGUUUUAGCAGUGUCAGCCAGACCCGGUAUCAGGCUGUCUGCUGCGAACUGUCUCGCCAGCAGCAAAGUUAGCUGUAGUGCUGGAGGAGCCUGAGCAGAGCUGUCGGAGACAGACGCUUUCAGUGAAAAUAGUUAUUUAUUUUACAGGUUUGUACGGACUUUAAAUGGAUUCUUUAAACAUGGUAAAUCUUUAGUACAGACUUUCUCCUUAUGGGAAUAUCUCUAGAAAUGCAGCAAAUUAUUUGUAACAGCUCAGAGAGCUGGUACAGCUCCUUUGAGGGUAAGUGGUCAAAGGAUGUUUUACUUCUCUUAAGUAUUUGCCAUUAUAAAUCAACAGUAAAA